CGCUCCCGUGAACUAAUUCAUUGUGAGAGCCUGGGAGGAAGCAGCGAGCGACUCGACGGGUCGGUGAAACCAGCUCUGCUCCGGGAAACGCUGAGAAGAUCCGACUGCGAGCCACAGAAACUACAGGAAUGGCAGCCAUUCGUAAGAAGUUGGUGAUUGUGGGGGAUGGAGCUUGCGGGAAGACCUGCCUUUUGAUAGUCUUCAGCAAGGACCAGUUCCCUGAAGUCUAUGUCCCCACUGUGUUCGAGAACUACGUUGCUGACAUCGAGGUGGACGGCAAACAGGUGGAGUUGGCUCUCUGGGAUACGGCGGGUCAGGAGGACUAUGACAGGCUGAGACCUCUUUCCUAUCCAGACACUGAUGUCAUUCUCAUGUGCUUCUCCAUAGACAGCCCUGACAGCUUGGAAAACAUUCCAGAGAAGUGGACCCCUGAAGUCAAACACUUCUGCCCGAAUGUUCCCAUCAUCCUGGUAGGAAACAAGAAAGACCUGCGUAAUGACGAGCACACGCGUCGAGAGCUGGCCAAGAUGAAGCAGGAGCCAGUGAAAUCAGAGGAGGGCCGAGACAUGGCUGGACGAAUCGCAGCAUUCGGUUACAUGGAAUGCUCCGCCAAGACCAAGGACGGCGUACGGGAGGUGUUCGAGAUGGCCACCAGGGCGGCACUGCAGGCCCGCCGCGGAAAGCAGAGGAAUAAAUGUGUACUGCUGUAAAAUGGCCGACACAUUUGGACUGUUUUCACCCUGGGCUACUGUACAUGGGACUGGGGCAUCGGGAGGGAUUGC